CCUCGCCGCAGAUGGAGUAUGGCGAUAGCAGCAGCAGGAUGCCUUCUGCCAUCGACGACCAUCAGGACAUUCCCUUUCACUCGCCCGUGCUGGCCUACUUUCCCCGCAAGUCAGCCCACGAUGCCAUCCCCAUACCGCCCACCCCCACCUCCCCUUCUAUCAUCUCCUCGCUCCUCACCUCGGCAGGUGUAGACGCUACCCUCUACCCACCACGGACAUAUCCAGAGCUCGGCGAGCUGAUCCUCGCAGUGCAGGACUCGCUCUUUGAUACCCUGCGCCGCAAUGCCCUCCUCUACUACCUCCUGCUCGACUACCACCUCCUCCCUGCGGACAAGUCAGGGUACGCAUCUGCCGUGACCUCCCUCUCGUCUCUCGCUCCACGCUCUCCCAUCAUUGCGCAAUUUGCCAUCAACCACCUCCUCCCCGCCUUCUGGACGGACAGCGUCGAGCGAGGAUUCUGGAGGUUCGACAAGGGAUUGCACAAUGAAGCUGUUCCCUGGCUCAAUAAUGCCAACUCGAGUGCGUAUGCGAACCAUAUACUCAGGACACUGAGCCCAUUGAGGAGCAAUGAGCAACCCUUCAACAAAGCAGAAUGCCUGAUCAAGUACGUUAGAAUCGCCAAGCCCAUUCUGCCCGAGACACAGGCGGAUCUAGAUGUGGUGGAAGCAGUCGUCGUUGGCAAGGCAAUCGUCGAAGGUCUGCAAGGCGCACUGGAGCUCAUUAGAGAGAGACCCAUUUCAGAGCAUAAGAUUCUCUUUGCUACCCUGUGGCAGUGGCUCUUUCAACUUCAGCAGAGCAGCCAGACUACCCACAUCCGCUCCUCUCUGCUGCAGUCAGUCAUCGCUCUGCCGCUCUCGGACAGCGAGGUGCAGACACUAGUCGCCUUUUCUCUGGGCCGCAACGCAAGCCCAAGCACAAAGACUUCCUCUUCGGCACUGCUUCGAGCUCGUCAGCUUGCAUUGGAUACGCUGCUGGUACGUUUGCUCAAUGCAGGUCGAGUGCUGGACGCGCUCAAGGUCAAUAGUCUUGCGGAAGAAUCGCAGGGAAAUGCUACAGUCGAGGAAGAAGGGGGCGAAGCAGGAGCUCAAAGGCGCAAGAAGAGGAGGGAAAUGCUGAGGCUGGCAAGGGAGAUGUUGCCAAAGGUGGUCAGGAGUCAAUUGGAAGAGAUGAGGGUGGCAGAGGAGGAGAAGAGCGCUGAAUCGUCCUCAAGAGACGACCAGAUGGAAGAAGACGUCGUCGCUUCAGAGACGAUAGCAGAAUUCGCACAAUCUCCAGCCCCAACUGCCAGCUUCAAUGCCGGUACUCCAAGUUCAAACGUUCCCAUCAGAGGCUACAUGCACAACCGCCUCGCAGAAUCGACUUCCUCAUCGCGCCUCUUAAUGGCAGCAACCCCCCCACCUCCUCAACAACGUUCUACCCCCGUCCAUCAGCGAGUACACGUCCCCCUCAUCUCGCAGUCUCCCCUCGCAUUUGCAGCAAGUCGUGGCGAGGCAUCCUUCUCGCGUGCUUCGCCCUCUGGCACACGCUUCACUCCUACACCUGGUAGGGCACAAGCGCCAGCUCAGGCACGUUCCGGUGAUGCAGCGGCGGGAGAGUCGGAAGAAGGCCCGUAUGCUCGACUGGCCGCGCAGCUCGCAUCUCAAGCUAAUGGAGAGGGCCAAGCAGGCGCAGCACCAGGUGACGAGAGUGUUCUUCUUGCCUCUCUCCUCCCACAAAAGAGGAGUCUUGCCACACGCAGGCUGGACGCUGAAGCUUCAGCUUCUGCUUCUGCCAGCGGAGGAGAAGGAGCGCGAGCAGUCGAAGAUGGUGGAGACGCUUCAUUCGAGCAGCAGCACAGUCGCGGCGGGUUCGAGGUUCCCAAGCGACGCUACACCAAGAAGCACCAGGUGAGCUCAAAGAAGAGCGAAACGCCAGCUGGGGCUAGGAAUGCUAGGAAUGCUUCUGCCAGUCCGGCCCCGGCUCCGGCCAGGGAGGGGCAAACCAGUAGGACUCGAGGUGCCUCGGGACUUAGGAAGAGCACGACGAUGAGUAGCUUAGUGAACGCUGCUCCGCAACGAGAGGACGAGGAAGCUCCAGCCCUCCCUGCAAGCAGAAAGACACCGCGAAGCACAGGUGGAAAGAAGCAGUCCACUGCUGCUCCAACCACGCCAGCAACGGGGACCCGCCGCUCCACCCGAGCUCAAUCCGAAUCCGUGCCUGGCUCGUUCCCAGGCGCAGCGCCAAGCGAUGAAGACGGCGAGGGUGAUGCUCAAGAAGAAGAGUCUGCGCAACGUCAACAACAACAAGAGAGGAAUGCUGAUGCCCCGCCUGAGAUGCUCGAGCUUCCCUCGGCAGGUCGACCCACCUCUCGCAGCAGCAGCAGUAAGAAGGGUGCGAGUACAGGUACACCGCGCAGGACUACUCGCGCGAAGACUCCUUCUGCCUCUGCCUCUGCCUCUGCCACAAAGGGAGGUGCAGGAGCAGCAGUAGGGCCUACCGAGUCUACACCUGUUCGCAGGUCUGCUCGUCGAACCAACACCAAUACCAAUACCAAUACCAAUACCAAUACCAAUGCCACUACCAAAUCGCGCAACACUCGAGGCUCUUCCCGCGCUUCUUCUGUUCUUUCAUCCCGCUUUGGAGAUGGAGAUGAGGACGAGGACGAGGAUGGGGGUGGAGAUGGGUAUGGGUACGGAGAGGAGGAUGGAGAACAAGGGGAUGCGCUUGGUCAUCAAUUGGACUUUGGAAGUGCAAGUGCAAGUAGAAGUAGAAGCAAAGGAAGAAAUCUCCGCACUCGGACUAGAAGUAUGAGUGUUCUUAGUACUAGUACCGCAGCUGAUGAGGAUCAGGGUGAGGAUGAGGAUGAGGAGAGAGGUCAGGGUAGUGCUGGGGAAGAGGGAGUGGAAGAUGGGCUGCACAAGGAGGAUGGGGAUGGGGAUGGGGAUGAAACUGCUACGAGGCGUGGAGCUGGAGGUGGAGGAGCAAUGGUGGGAAAACCGGUCAGGAGGAGUGGGAGAAGACGCUGAUCCUCCUGUCUCUGUCUCUGUCUCAAUCUCUGUCUCCGCCGCAAUCUCAAUCUCAAUCUCAAUCU